CUGGUGGCACAGCGGUUCGCGAACCGAGCGCCCGAGGCAUGCAAGAGCUGAACCCUUGUAAAUUUUACCCAGAUUGAGUGCUCCGUGUCUGCACAGAGCUCGCGACGACGAAGACCAGCAGAGUGCUCUCCGGUUAUCGCAAAAGCAACCGCGCCCAAGCUACCAGUCGCUGGUAUGGAUCCUGUCGGUGCGAUUGGUAUCGCAUUUCAAGCGAUCCAUGUCAUCACCCUUCGCAAUUCGGUGGUGCAGCUUGCAAGACCAGUCUCGCGCGAUGGCUCGCCAGACGCUGAUCUGAUGGAGAAAUCUGAAUACUUGAGCCAGCUCUCUGGGGAUCUCGAAACAUAUCUGGGAUCGUACAAAGCGCCCUUGGGUGCGGUCGAUUCGUUAGCGGGUGACUCAAGGGAAGAAGAUAUGCUAGGGUUUCUAAUACUACAGCCCUUUUCCUUUUCUUUUUUCCUUCUCCUUCCUCCUUCUUCUGUCUUACUUUCUUCUCUAUCUGUCUUAAGUCCCUUUCGUUUCCCGUUCCCUUUCUUUUUUGCCCUGUCCUUCAUCUUUCCAUCUCUUGCCUUCUUCUUCAUCUUCCUUACUUUUGAUUUGCUGACAGUUGUUUUUGGUCUGCUUGGUUGCUCCUCAUUUAUAUGUCUCUUCCAUCUCCUUUCCUGUUUUCUUAUAGUCUUUUCGUGUAGUCCAUUCCCUCUAACCUUGGCCGGCUAUGUGCCCGGCUAACAAACAACCCAGGGCUGAGUUUCAUGACACCGCACAUCGCAUGAACCAGCGACAGCGCCUGGGAAAGGCAGCCAAGAAGUGUCUCACCUCUGCCAAGAGGUGAAGAGUGAGCUGAAUAAGAUCAAGCUGAAGUCGUCUUCGGGUCGUGAUGAUAGAAAGCCUGCAAAAGCUCAGCGGAUUCUCGUCUCUAAAGUACCGAGAUCAUGGUGGCAGAAGUCGGAUCUUGCCCAACCCGAAAAGGAGAUGCACGGGUUCGAACAGGCCUUGCGCUCCGCAUUACUCUCUGAUCUGUGGUA